GCAGCCGUGGUAGCUGGCCACUCGUUUUAAUAUUCAUUUUCAUUUUCCUCUCGCUCCCUCGCUCUUCUUCCUCGAGUUUUCCAGAACAAGAAGAAAGAGAGAGAGAGGGUGAGGGUGAGUGAAAUUUUAGUCCUUUGAUAUUCUGUUUCUUUAGAUUUUGCUUCGGCAUUGAGUCUUCCGGCACGUUCUUGGGAAAAAUCGUACGUUUCAGAUUCUUGGGCUUUGGUUUUAUUUCAGAAGAAUUUGUUUGGCCAAGGAAAUCUACAGCUGGUUGACUACAUUUUUGCUCAAGAGAUCUAUUUUCUGAGCCUUGACAGGUUCAAUAUUUUGGGUUGCAGCCGGUUACUUUCGCCGGCCCGCGAUCUCUUGGUGGCUUUCUUGGAGAGUAAGCUUGAGGGGUUCCAUUUUUUCUUAUGCGAGACGCCAUUGAUUCUGCAAAGAAAAAGAAAAAAAGUUGGAAGUUUCUCUUCUUCUCUCUCUCUCUCUCUCUCGCUCUCUCUCUACGCGUGGUUGUCGUGGGGUUGGACUCGUGUAAUGUUGGGGUCAGAAGCUCCAACGGGGUCUAACAACCUUUGUCUCGAUUGGGUAUCUCUGAUUUUCGACGCAGAUCGCCCAUAAUCAAAGUUCACGGAGAUCUGAAGUUCUUCGAAACAUCUUAGGGACUAAAUAAAAAAAGAGAAGGAGCUAAAGAUGAUGAGAAUGCAGACUAAGACCACGGGGGUGGAACCAAUGAAAGGUGGAGGCGGUGGUGCUGAGCCAGGAGGAACUUCCGAGUGGGAGCUGAGGCCCGGAGGAAUGUUAGUUCAGAAGCGAGACCCGGAUUCCGAUCGCAACACGGUUCCGGCACCGACAAUUAGAGUUAAGGUCAAGUACGGGUCAACCUACCACGAAGUCUAUAUCAGUUCUCAAGCUACAUUUGGGGAGUUGAAGAAAAUGUUGUCGGGGCCGACGGGGUUACACCAUGAAGAUCAAAAGCUGAUUUACAAGGAUAAAGAGAGGGAUUCAAAGGCGUUCCUCGACACUGCUGGGGUGAAGGACCGAUCAAAGAUCGUGCUAGUUGAGGACCCUAUUAGUCAAGAAAGGCGAUACCUUGAGUUGAGACGAAAUGCAAAAAUGGAGAAGGCAUCGAAAUCUAUCUCAGAAAUCAGCCUGGAGGUUGAUAGGCUUGCUGGCCAGGUGUCGGCUCUGGAAUCCAUAAUCAAUAAAGGUGCGAAAGUUGCGGAAACAGAUGUGCUUACUCUGAUUGAGCUAUUGAUGAAUCAGUUGCUUAAAUUAGAUGGAAUCGUGGCCGAUGGAGAUGCGAAAUUGCAAAGGAAAAUGCAGGUGAGAAGAGUGCAGAAGUAUGUUGAAACUCUAGACAUGUUGAAGAUAAAAAACACGACGCCGACAACCAGCAAUGGGGGUCAAAAUCCAAUGCAACAUCCUCCUCAGAGGCAAUCAAAUGGGCAAAGACGUGCCCCGAACCAUGAGCGGCAGAGGCAUUCCAAUGGGCAGAGACUGGCACCAAUUCAAGAGCAGCAAACGAGGCGUUCGUUUGGGCAUUUGUCGAUCAAUCAGCAACCACAACAAGAGGAGGAGCAGCCGCAGCAGCAAUCAAGGCAUUCGACAUCAGGGGUAGUUGUUACGACCAAAUGGGAGACAUUCGAUUCCACCCCUGCAUUAAUUCCACUCCCUUCCACAUCCACAUCCACCUCAGCCACUCAAAACUCAGACAAACCAAAGUUCAGCUGGGAAUUGUUCGAGUAAGCCAUAGGCCGCGUAUUUUUUUUGUUUUUCCUUUUUGGUUUGUGUGGAUGAUGUGAUUUGGGCUUGUCUUUACUUGGGUUUGGUAUCUCUUUCUCCAUUCUUUUCUGUAUCUAGAUUUUGUUGAGCACCCCCUUUAGUCUGUCAUCACAAAUAAAUGGGGUCAGUACCAUAUAUUGAUUAUUACAGACCUGCUGUUCUCUUCCUCUGUUUUCCUACCGUUCAUUUACCAUUUGAAUGUUCUGUUCCGAUAGGGAUGUUACCAUGUAGAUUCGUUACUUGAAGAUUAUAGGCUAUAAGACAUUCAGAUGAAGGAGAUGUGUAUUUUGCAA